AUGACCGGAGGUGAUAAUAGCUGGAAUCUGAUCAAAUUGCAAGAAGGUCAAAAGGUAUCUUCAAAAUCUUUGACUAUUGAUUUUCUCUCUGAGGAGUCUCAUGUGGAUGAUGAUAUUCUAUCCAAUACUAGUAGUAGUGAUGAACUAGCAGAAUUUUCAUUUAGAAGUGCGAAUGAAGACUACCAAGCUGGUAUAGGAUCGAUCUCUGAUUCGUUAGCCACUUUGACGGGGCCCAAGGGUGUUGGUGAAAAAAGAGACAGUAGUUGGAAGAUAAAGACGUGGCAGAUUAUAGUCUUAACAUCGUUGGUAUCAGUAUCCUUUUCAUUAGUUGUCCAAAAGUUUUGGAAUCUUUGGAUGUUUUCUGAUUUUCCAAGAGAUGUUACUGCAUUGACAAAUAGUGGUAUCUCCUCUGGUGAAGCUGCAGUACUUUAUUCAGAUUUCAACUUUUGGAGCACCCCAUCACAAACGCAGGAUCAAAGUUUGACCAGUACUCAAUCUGGUCCUCAAUGGAAACCGUCGGGUAAAUUUUAUGUGGAUUUUGAUAAUAGAAUUGCAUAUCCGAUGCCAGAUGAAGACGUAGUUGGUUGGAAAAGAUUUAAGGCUGAUUCUAUGAUUCUUUGGUACACUUCCAAAUCGAAGGUUAAAUCGUUGCUGCGGAAUGAUACUAUUAAAUCAUUACAGGAUUCUUGUCGUGAGUUAUUGGCGCUGGUCGCCGAUGAAGCCGCAUGGAUCAGAGGUAGAUUUUCCAUCGCUAGUGAUAAGGCUCUACAAUCAACAUCAUCAAUUUGGCAAUCAUGCAGAGAUCGUACUGAUAAAUCUGUAAAACUUUUCCAUCAAUGGCUAUCAUCACAAUCAAAAUUUUUACCUAAAUGGAAACAGCUAGGACCCAGACUUCAUAACACUUUUGAAGGGUUGCAUAACUACAAUCACAAACUGCACAAGAAGGCCUGGAUGUGGCAUCGAAGGACUUACAAGGUAUUGGAGGGCAUUCAUCGUAGGCAUUAG